AUGCCCGGCCCGGCCGCGGGCAGUCGGGCCCGGGUCUACGCCGAGGUGAACAGCCUGAGGAGCCGCGAGUACUGGGACUAUGAGUCUCACGUCCCGACCUGGGGUAAUCAAGAUGAUUACCAACUGGUUCGAAAACUUGGUCGGGGAAAGUAUAGUGAAGUAUUUGAGGCCAUUAACAUCACCAACAAUGAGAGAGUGGUUGUGAAAAUCCUCAAGCCAGUGAAGAAAAAGAAGAUAAAACGAGAGGUUAAGAUUCUGGAGAACCUUCGUGGUGGAACAAAUAUCAUUAAGCUGAUCGACACUGUGAAAGACCCUGUGUCAAAGACACCAGCUUUGGUAUUUGAAUAUAUCAAUAAUACAGAUUUUAAGCAACUCUACCAGAUCCUGACAGACUUUGAUAUCCGGUUUUAUAUGUAUGAACUACUUAAAGCUCUGGAUUACUGCCACAGCAAGGGAAUCAUGCACAGGGACGUGAAACCUCACAAUGUCAUGAUAGAUCACCAACAGAAAAAGCUGCGGCUGAUAGAUUGGGGCUUGGCGGAGUUCUAUCAUCCUGCUCAGGAGUACAAUGUUCGUGUAGCCUCAAGGUACUUCAAAGGACCAGAGCUCCUUGUGGAUUAUCAGAUGUAUGAUUAUAGCCUGGACAUGUGGAGUUUAGGCUGUAUGUUAGCAAGCAUGAUCUUUCGAAAGGAACCCUUCUUCCAUGGACAGGACAACUAUGACCAGCUUGUUCGCAUUGCCAAGGUUCUGGGAACAGACGAGUUGUAUGGGUAUCUGAAGAAGUAUCACAUAGACCUAGAUCCACACUUCAAUGAUAUCCUGGGACAACAUUCACGAAAACGCUGGGAAAACUUUAUCCAUAGUGAAAACAGACACCUUGUCAGCCCUGAGGCCCUAGAUCUUCUGGACAAACUCCUGCGAUACGACCAUCAACAGAGACUGACUGCCAAAGAGGCCAUGGAGCACCCCUACUUCUACCCAGUGGUGAAAGAACAGUCCCAGCCUGGUUCAGAGAACGCUGUGCUAUCCAGUGGGCUUACAGCAGCGCGAUGAAGCCUGGAGAGCGACGGGUCUGUUGCGGCUCCUCCCACUUUUCCAUAAGCAGAACAAGAACCAAAUCAAACGUCUUAACGUGUGUAGAGAGAUCACGUUCCGUGAGCAGACACAAAACGGUGGCAGGCUUGGUGAGCACGAACUAGACCAGCUGAAGGGCAGCCCACCACCGUAUAUCAAACCUCACUUCCGAAUGUAAAAGGUUCACAUGCCUCUGGCUUCCUGUUGGCUUCCUCCCGACCCAGAAAGCAUGGGAAAUGUGAAGGGUAUGCAGAUGGUUGUUGGUUACUGUUGCUCCUCACGCCCCUGACUGUCCAGUGGCUGCCUGGUUUCCCAGAAAACCACCUUGACUAGCUGACCACAGACUCCACAGGGGGUAAUGUAUGGCAUGAUGGGCAGUUACAUAUUAUUUUAAAAGUAUAUAUUAUUGA